UUAAUCAGAAGGAAUAACGCGGCCGAGAAAAGAAAAGAUAAUGAAGAAAACAAUUGUUGAUUAAGGCGUAAAGAAAGUAAAUUCAGUUCUAAAAAGAAGAGGAACUAUGCGGGACCCUGCGUUAAAUUAGCGUGUGGCGACCAAAGAAUCCGACAACUGAUCUGAAACUUCCAUGAAACUACUUCUCUUAUUCCGUGAACACAAACAUUGUUAUAUCACUGAGGCCAUGACCCAAUUCACCGCUUGUUAAAAGAAAGAAAAGACUCAGAGAAACGUUAACAUGGGUAUGGCUAAGACUCGGUUGCUUGUAUCCGAUUUUAUGAUGUCUUUCCUGUGGGUAUGGUCAGGGGCUUUGAUCAAGAUUUUUGUGCACAAAGGUUUGGGUUUGGGCCAUGAUCCGAGUAGUGAGAUGAUAAAGGGUGCUUUGUCAAUUUUAAACAUGUUUUUCUUUGCAUUCUUGGCUAAGGUUACCAAAGGAGGGGCUUAUAAUCCUUUGACGGUUUUGGCUGAUGCUGUUUCUGGGGACUUUCCUCGCUUUCUCUUUAAUGUUGGGGCUAGAAUCCCUGCUCAGGUAUUUGGCUCUGUUACAGGGGUUAAGUUCAUCAUUUACACAUUUCCUGAAAUAGGACAUGGCCCACGUUUGAAUGUUGACAUUCAUCGGGGUGCACUGACGGAAGGGUUGUUGGCAUUUGCAAUCGUUACCAUUUCUCUUGGGCUGGCCAGAAAACUUCCUGGGAGUCCGUUGAUGAAGACCUGGAUCUCAAGUGUCUCCAAGUUAACCCUUCAUAUUCUUGGCUCUGAUCUGACCGGGGGAUGUAUGAACCCAGCCUCUGUGAUGGGAUGGGCAUAUGCUCGCGGAGAUCAUAUAACCAAGGAGCAUAUACUUGUAUACUGGCUUGCUCCAAUGGAGGCAACUCUGCUUGCCGUAUGGACAUUUAAGUUGGUAGUUCAACCGCUAACAGAAGAGAAAAAAGACUUGAAACCUAAAUCAGAAUGAAGGAAAUCCACGUUCCUAUUAUGCUGUAAUUAUGUUGGUGUUGCUAAUCUGUAAGCUUUGAAGAAUGCAAUUGUAGGUUAAUCUGUAUGAAAUUUACUCCAUUUUGCAUAUGAAAUUCUUGGGGUCUAUCAGUCUCUAAUGUAUUGUUCCUCUAAUCUAAUGUAUGCUCUCUGUUUCUUGCCAA